CUCAUGACAUUCACAUCGGGGUCACGACUUCGCCUGUCCACGUGAUGGCUCCGAGUUCCUUGAAUGAUCUCGUAGUAGGGUGACAGUCGACAGAGAAUGGCAUGUGUUGGUAAACACAACGAAUAGGAGGAGGCUGCCGAGAUCUCCCUAACAUAAGUCAGCAGAUUGAAGAUCGUCCAUAUCUGUGACAUCAGUGUGCUGACGAAAUGCCUUGUGUCCAAUAGUGAAUGAUAUUUUGUUUGUACUACGAACUCCAAGCCGACGACCACGACAACAUAGAUUUUUCAGUUCUCGCACUGAAAACUUCACAGCAGAGGAGUUAUACAGGGGCUAAUCCCAUACCAUGAUUUAUCAGGUUUUACUAAAAGAAGAAGUGAUUGCUCUAAAAGAUGAACUCGAGAAAGGACUGCCUGGAACAGCGAAGAUAUUCUACAUCUUGCGGAACUUCCUAUGUAGCCUUCUGGACGGAUUUGAGGUGAUCGUGGACAAGUGGCCGGAGUGGACAUGUAUUAUCCUGAGAGCUGCAGACACUGACCGCGCACCUGCCUACUUCAAACACUACUACAUCUGCCACGCGCGGUCAGUCAGUGCCCUCAAGUUCUUCAUGCAGAGACCAGGGGUGAUCGACUGGACGCGAGAGGCAACAUUUACAGGCGUCCCAACUGAAGUUGUGGCGUUCCUGAAGGACUACUGUCGGAAACAAAAUGGUCAGCUCAAAAAUGUCCAGUCUCGGUUCAUGUAUGCAUGGACCAAGGCCGAGCCGCCACAAAAACCUGAAGUUCCGGAGGGCCUACAGCUUACCACUCUCCAGGACCACCAUGUCAAUAUACUACGUCAAGACUGGAAGGACCUGAAGAGCGAUUCAGGCCUGGACACCUACUUCAAGAGCGUUGUCCACAACUUUGACAACAGCGCCCUGAUUGAUAAGAACGGGAAACUUCUGGCUUACAUAGUCAUGCAGUUCAACGGCUCCAUGGCCAUGUUGAGUGGAAAUACAGAAAAUCAGGGAAAGGGCUAUGGGCAGAUUGUACUGAGUGACCUUACCAGGAAGCUUCUGGAAAAGAAAGAAAUAGCCUAUGGGUUCAUCCCCACCAAAGAUUCGAACAUCAUCAACAUCACACAGACCAUGGGCUACACCUGGGUCCCACAGGGAAACAUGGCUUGGUUCAGGUUCGAGAAGCUGCCCUCUGUCAAAUCAACAACCACAAACGGAUCUCGAGUCGUAGAGCAUUCCCAUUCUCAGGAAGAUGGUGUGGGGAACUGCAUGUUUAUCAAUGCUAUCCCCCUGGUGGUGCAGGAGAUGACUGACCAUCAGCCCCCUUGUAAAGUUAGUAUAUCUUAAUCAGUGCUAGGACAUUUUACACAUUGAUGCAUUCUGGGAGGAGGUCUUCCUCAUCCUGUCUUUCUGUUUAUUGAAAUUCGUGACGUCAGAAUUCAGAGGUCAAUGACCAUAUUGGUGCCAGAAGUCUUUCAGUGCAUUUCUGUUAUACCAUGCCCACUCUUCCUCAUGUCGACGUUGUCAAACUGUGGGAAAUAUGCUUAUGCAGUACCAUGGGGACGAGUUAUUUUUGGAACCACCCAGGAUUAUGUAUAUUGAUUGUACAGGCACUGAUGACAACUCCGGAUUUGCUGUAAGUGUUCAUCUGUUAAGAUGUUUAUCAGUAAUUACGAGGCGGUGACGAAGCCUAGAGGUGAAGCCGUUUCUCAUGCAGACUGCCUUUUGUCCCAUAUACAAUGGGAAGCCUAGUCUGGUAUCCCUUUCCCGGAUGUAGACAUAUUAAAGCUCCACCACUCGGUGUAACUCCCAACUGAAUCACUUACUGUCUACAUGUUAUUCGUUAAGUUCGAAACUGGAAAUUGACUUGGAUACUCUGUUACACGCUGUUUCGAUAUAUCUGGAGUUGAGUAUAAGUGUGCCUAGGCCACAGUAAGGUGAUCAUUUGUUACAUCGAAUCAUCUGAUAAGCUUUAUCCUGUAUAGUGCCUAUAUCCUUUCUCGGGGAACUUGGCGCUGUGUGAUAGCUGACAAGGUAAUUACUGGGGUUUGGCUUCCUGGAACGUGGAUGAUAUAAAUAUAUCAACCUCAUGGGUUUUACUUUCGUCACACACAACAUUCGCCCAUAGUUACCUCACCUUCCAAUAUUUCCAAAUAGAACAUCACUUUAUUGUGGCCUUUUCAAGAUGUACAUUGGAAUAGAUUUCUACUUCUCAACAUAUUUGGUUUUUACUUUUCAAUGUUCUAUUGGUUAAUGUGGUACCUUCUAGACGAACCUUUGGUAUAUAACUGUGUUGGCAAACUAUCAUGCAUACCUUGGUUUCACUAACAACGUAAAUGUAGAAACCUAGUUUUAGCUUUAACUUUGUUAGAAUGCAUCACGUGUUGGUCAGAUUAAUAUACUUUGUGCUGGAUCUGACACUGAGCACUAAAAGAGAACAAAUACUGUUUUUAAUGUUUUUAACCUUUGACUGAUGUUUUGCUGUUUUGUGGGUCCGUUCAUAGAUUCAUUCCCUACCGUAUUCAACAGGAAGUAUGACUUGGACUUGAACUCAAAUACCCAGUCCCGCGCAAUCACCUGCAGUAACUCGAAUCCGCGUCUUUAAAACAACCUUGCUACAUUGCCUACAAGCAUCCAAGAAAUAUUUGCGUGUAAGUAUGAGAAAAACGUGUUGAUGCGAAGAAGCGAGUUUUUAGAUUUUUUCUGUCAAGUAGUUUCGACAGGGAGCCCUUUCUGGUUCACAAACGUAUACACGUCAUGUUAAAAUGUUUAGAGUUACCCGCCCUUGUGUACCACAGUUCGGCGAUAUAUUAAUCAUUUGAGGACGAGGUUUGUUCAGUUUUGUAAUAUAAUAAUUAUGUCAAAAUAAUUAAGGGACUGGGUGUUUAAUGGAAGUCUUCAGUUUGAAACAAGUGACGUCUGUCUGGGAAAGCUGUUGUCUGAUUGAUAUAUGUCAACUUUUUGUAGGUCAUUUCAUUGGCCAGUCAAAGCUCGAAAGGCCGUUCUGACGUGACCUCUCGUGGGAUAUCGCGAGACUCUUGUUUAGCGAUAGCGAGAACUAAGAUCUGAAUUUGAUGAGAUUGCUGCCACUAAUAGGGCAUACUGCUUGUUGAAUACCUAGGGCGAUGUAUAUUUCAUACACGUAGCACACCUCAUAUAAUUGAGGAGGGGUUGCCUGUCUGUUGUCUCCAAUACUGGGCAUGGUGCUGGUCUACGCAGCGACAUUACUUUUCAGUAAAGCACAAUCAAGUAAAUCAUUUAUAACGUUGUCAUGACGUGCACGUGACAGUUGGUUCUCAAGCACUGUCUGCACCGAAAAGUCAUCCGAUUGUAGUCGCUUUGUUUGUUCUAGUGAACGGUUCCUGGCGUAUUUUGCUAAAAACAAUUUCAGUUCUUGUUUGUUCAAGUGAACGGUGCCUCGCAUAUUUUGUUCAAAAUGUUGUUCGCUUUCUUUUGAAUGUCAGUAUAUUUUGUUUCGAAUCUGAAAAGUGGACAACCUGUCUUUCAUAGAAACAAUUAACAAGAAAUACCAUCGCUGCGUGUAUGUGCCCUACUGUCCGAUGUUAAAUGAGAACAGCCGAGGUCCCUCCUCCCGAGGAACGGGUUCUUAGUGGGAACAUUGACUUAUCAUUCCUUAGGGUGUGAAAUCACGUGGUGGUUAUGAACAAAACUGGGUAUAGAUCUGGUGAGUGUGCUGUGAAUAAUCAAAUGAAUUUAUUAGUUAUCUAUCUACACUUGUUUAUUUUGUCACAAUCAAAAUAUGCAACAAGUGCAUUCUCGACUGGUGUGACUUGUAGCUGUUGAUAUGCCGCGUUGGAAUGGAAUCGUUCAUGAAUAUUGAUAUCAUCCACUCGACCAGCUCCAUCGGGCUGCUGUGUAGGUUGUACGGCAGGGAGCGGUAUAACGAGGGAUAUGUAACCGACUGGAGAUUUAAGCACCAGGUGCCACGGGUGAUGGCAUCCAUAGAUAUGAUGGAGAAUUCCUGCAAUUCAUCCUACCGGUAUAGUAGAUCAGCUUCUGCUAUUUGCUAUAAGCAUUAAAAUUGGGUAUGGUCACGACAAAUUGCUUAUUUAUCGAAUGUCAAUUACAGUUCUGUUAGUACGAAAAAUGUCGUUUAGGGAGGUUAUUCUAAAAUUAGGGUUGGAUUGUUCAGUACUCAAAAUCUACUAUAAAUGUACCAUGCUAUGUAAAGCAAAUAUGAUCAGUUAUCUCUUAAUCAUAUUUUUCUAAGCAGUCGUCAUUUAAAAUAUGAUAAUAAUGAAAACACCGCAGGCUAAUCGUUGUUAGUAAAAAGGAGAAAUUGGUUAUGGCCUACCCAAGAAAAUGAAUUUAGCGGACAGGUGAAGGAACACUGACCAAACAUUGAAGCCAUUUAGUAUAUUGUUUUUAUAAUGAUGCAUAGUUAUAUUUAUGAUAUUUAAUUUUGUAGACUUGUUAUGUUUAAACAAUACUGAUCUGUCCAGAUUGUGUUGAAUGUUUGAAAGUGUAGGAUUCAGAUCUCUUCGAGAACGUCCUGGUCCGAAUGCUUCCAUUCAUCCCUGGCUCUGCCACUAUGAUUGGACGAGGGUGAUUUAUGUGUUUGACUAAGUGUUCAUUGCUUGUGAUUGUAUUCGAUAAAGGUUGUACACCCCGUAGAAAAUACAUCCAAUUUAAAUCUGUCAAACCAAGUCAACUCUUAUCAUAUGCACAAAUCUGUAACCGACUUGCAUGAGUUGUUCAGAAUAUGAGCUGAACAUUAUUUACAAGUUCCGAUAUUCAUGGGUUGAUUCGUGCAAAGAUAUACUUCUUUGAGGCACGUUGCGUACGUCAUUAAGCAACUUCAGGCAGUUUGUCAAGUGUUUUCAGGUACACCACAAGAGCAUGAACAAUACGAUAACUCUUAUCGCUACACAAUGAAGUACAGCCUUGAACACACAAGCAACCACUGGAGUGAGACGAAGUGACUGUAGUGUGCUGUCUGUCUCAGAAGCUGGGCUUCAGUUUAUUUCCUAUAUUUGAAGCAGCCUUAGCCUUUAUAAUUACGUUGCCCAUUCAGCUACUGGGCCUUGGUUCUUGGUCUUUUCAGUUACACAUCUUCACUUCAUGUAACCCUUUAACCAUGGCAAUAGAGAGAACAAGAUGAGAUAUGACCUACCUGUGACCUUCCGCGGUGAUGAUAUAACCCAUCAGCCCUGGUGGUAUGACCUAGCUAGGUAGUGGUAUGACCUACCUGGGUGUGAUGGUAUGACCUACCUGGGUUUGUGGUAACAGGUAUGAACUACUGGAUGUGGCGGUAUGUCAUCCCUGUGUUUGUGGUAUUACCUAUCCGGUGUGGUGGUAUGGCAUAGUUGGGUUUGUGGUAAGACAUAUCUGGUGUGGUGGUAUGACAUACAUUGGUGGGAGCAUGACCUACACGUAGUGUGACCCACCUACCUGGUUGUAUGUCAUACCUAGGAUGUUGGUAUGACCGACGUAGGUAGUGGUUUGACCUCCCAGGGGGUGGCGGUAUUACCUUUCUGGCCGAGUAUGAGGAUGGGACCUACCUUUGGUUGGAAUAUGACCUCCCUAGCUGCCGGUCUAACCAACACUAGGGUAGAAGUAUGACCUCCCUAAUAUAAGUGGUUGUAUGGCCUGAACAGGUGGGUGGUUCGUAUGAGCUCAUGGUGCUAGAGUGACCCACCCAGGUGGUUUUAUGGUAACGCGGGAGUCAUACUUAGAUGGCAUUCCAACGUACUAGAUUGUUCCACAGUACACAGUCGGCUGCACAUAUCAAACUGUUGCACAGUUGAAAUAAACAUUAUUUAACUA